UUUCCAGAGCUGCUUCCAGGCCUCUCCAUUGUGGCAUCAGUGAACAGAGUUAAGUUACUAGUCCUCAGUUAUCUGUUUCCAGAGCUGCUUCCAGGCCUCUCCGUUGUGGCAUCAGUGAACAGAGCUAAGUUACUAGUCCUCAGUGAACUGUUUCCGGAGCUGCUUCCAGGUCUCUCCAUUGUGGCAUCAGUGAACAGAGCUAAGUUACUAGUCCUCGGUGAUCUGUUUCCGGAGUUGCUUCCAGGCCUCUCCAUUGUGCCAAAGAGAGGAACCUGGCUCCCAGUCCUUUUUCCUUGCCGUCUCUUUAUUAUCGGCUGCCCAAGGACCAAAGCGUUGACCCUUCACCCUCCUUUGUGCCAAUGCACCCUCUGGACCCCGCUCAGGCCCUCACAACGGCGCCCAUCUCGCCCUCGCUGUCCAAGGACUGCAGCAACAUGACCCAGCUGCACCAGGACGGCAACCCAGUGGUGAGCUCUUUUAUGUUUGCGGCCGGCGUGGUGGGCAAUGUGGCCGCCUUGGCCAUCCUGGGCAUCCACCGCAAGGAGCUGCGCACCAAGACUUCCUCUUUCUGUAUCCUGGUCACUGGCCUCGCCGUCACCGAUCUACUAGGCACAUGCGUGGUCAGCCCCAUCGUCUUCGUCGCCUACUCCCGCAACGCCACUUUGGUGGGCAUGGUGGCACGCGGCAGCUGGUUGUGUGACCUCUUUGCCUUCUCCAUGAUGUACUUCAGCCAGGCAGCGAUGCUCAUCCUAUGCGCAAUGGCGGUGGAGCGCUGCCUGGCCCUCAGCUACCCCUACUUCUACUCCCAGCACAAUAUAAGGCGCUGGAUGAAGCUCUCGCUACCGGCUAUCUACGCCUUCAGUGCCUUCUUCUGCAGCCUGCCUUUCCUAGGAGUCGGGAAGUACAAGCAAUAUUGCCCAGGGACCUGGUGCUUCGUCCAAAUGGACGUGGACAAGGCCACGGGCCACGCGGCCUUCUCGCUCUCCUACGCCACCCUCAUGGCCAUCCUCAUCUUGGUCAUCUUCCUCUGCAACGCCUUGGUCAUCACCAGCCUCUGCCAGAUGUACCGCAAGCAGAAGGCUCGCCGGCGUGGCUCCGUAAAUGUGGCACAACGCCGGCGCAAGAGCUGGUUCAGCCGUGGGGAGGAGGAGGUGGACCACCUCAUCUUGCUGGCGCUCAUGACCGUCAUCUUCGUCAUCUGCUCUUUGCCGCUCACGAUCCGGGCCUACAUCGGGGGGCUCAGCCCGGACCACAACGAAGACGAGGACAUGCUGGCCUUCCGCCUGAGCGCCCUCAACCCCAUCGUGGACCCUUGGCUCUUCAUCAUCUUCCGCAACGCCGUCUUCCGCGGCCUCAGGAACUUCUUCUGCCACCACCCAUGGUGGCCGCAUUGGCCCCGGGCGCAGAAGGUGUCCGCCACGUUGGGCACGCAGGACGGCAUCGCUUUCCAAGACCAUUCCGUCUGCUGAGAGCGGGCCGUGGCAACCCGAUACGGGCAGGCGCAUUGGUGCGGCAUCCUUCCAUGGAAGGGGAAGGUUUGCAUGGAGCUGGAGAGUCCGAGGAUUGAGUCUGCAGCCGUCUCCGAAAGGAUGCCAAGUUUGGUUCCACAGAUGGGAAGUCAACACAUGCCCAAUAUUGGCACAUCCUUUCCGGUCGAAAUGCGCUGCAUCCUCAAUGGCGAAAAGUUGGGUUGGAUGUGCCCUUGGAAGGAGACCAAGGACUCAUGGCAUUCAGCCUCCAAAGAAGGACAGAGAAAGAAGACAGAGCAACGGAUGAUGGGCACGAAUACAGUGCCAACCUGCAUGUUGGGCACCCUGGAAUCCCUGUAGUGUUCCCAAACAUGAAUGGCGCUUGACCAUUCACAUGCACGGUGCCUGUUAGCAUUAAGUGCAUGGGAUUUGGACCGAUUGCAAGGCAAUACUGUGAAUCUUUGAAGCUGUAGAAAUAAAGGAUGAGUUUAUAUAG